AUGGCAGUUGCUGUAACCGCUCCCAUCGUUAUCCCUGGUCUUCACGUUCUUUUUACCAUUAAGGACCUUCUACAGUCCUCGCGGGCACCAGCCGCAAGUGCAGAAGAUUCAUCUUCAGGAGUUUGCUGGCCUCUUUGCAUGUUUCAAUGUCCAGAAAUAUUUGGACCCCAUCUCAUCCUCAGGCACUUCCAGAUUGAGGAAGACGAAAUCAUACUGGGAAUGUCUCUCAAAUCCAUUCAAGGAUGCUGGACUCAGCCCACUUCUAUCGCAGACAUCAACCCAACAGAGAUCCAUGAUCACAUCUUCAAGCUGACAGCCAGCGGCGAGAUGCAACCCUACGAGAAUGGCCAAGGAUGA